CGACGGUGAUGGCGGUGUCCGCUCCUUCUUCUUUUUCUGGGCGACAUCCGAACAAAGGCCUGCCCCCUUUUUUCAUGAGGAUUUCUCCACCGCCGUCGUUACUUUACGUGUAAUCACGAUUACUAAAUCGGAUUACGAUACUUUUAUUCUCGUUUCAAAAACGCCAGUUAACCGCAGAGGUAGCGUCCGCCAUGGAUGGGGAUCAACAAGAAAUGUGCGGCGAGACCAAAUCGGCCAUUAAUACUUGGCGUUAUCGCCACCAUUUCACGUACAAGGCUGAUCAGGGGAAAAAUAUCAUCGUCCAGUGUAAUCUGUGCCUGCCGAGGGUUAAUCUGCUGUCCACGUCGAAAACCUCCACAUCAAACCUAAAGAAACACUUAGACAGAACACACUUGGGUUGUGAAGCCAGGCCCGAUGCCAAAAGGGGGAGGAAGAAAGAGGAGUACAACGGAGAGGAAAGCAGACACUGCCAACUCAAGAAGCUCAAAGCGGAAAUCAUCUCCAAAUGCCUGACCCAGUCAAAGAUCGACGACCUCAUCUUCAACUUCAUCGUGGAAGACUGCCAGUCGUUCUUCGUGCUCGAGCAGGCGGGCUUCAAGAAGCUGAUCGCGGGUUUAACCGGCGGCCUGAAGUCCAUGGACAGGAUGACCUUGUUUACCAAGGUGGACCUCGGCUUCUCCAAGAUGCGCGAGGAGCUGAUGGCCAAACUCGGCAGCGUCCAGUACGUGUGCACCACGGCCGACAUCUGGACGUCCAACAACAGAAGCUUCUUUGGGAUGACCUGUCACUGGAUCGAUGUGGAGUCGUUGGAGAGGAAGUCUGCCGCCCUGGGCUUUGCGCGGCUGCAGGGCAGGAUCACGUAUGACACCAUCGCGGCGCGGAUACACGACAUCCACGUGACGUACAACAUUGAAAGCAAAGUCCAGACCACGGUCACUGACAAUGGCAGCCCCUUUAUCAGCGUAUUCAGGGAGUUUGCGGUCGACAGCCAGGACAGCGACGAUGACAUUGGGUUCUAUGAGAACGUGAGCACCGUUCUGGAGGGGGAACCGGAGCAGGACAUGCUCCUGUUUCUUCCAACGGUGCAGCGCUGUGCAUCGCACACGCUGGAGCAGAUUGUCACUGAGGACUUUUGGCAGGCCGUGUCACAGGGGCCCACGUGCGAGCUACAUUUCAGCGCGAUGGCCAAGGUGUUUGCCAUAUGGAGCAAGUGCCACCAUCUCCAGGUCGGAAUGGACGCUGCGGAGGAGAUCGGGAAGAUGGCGCUUGUCGUUCCCUCCGUCAUUCGCUGGAAUGUGGAGUUCUGCGCUGUGCAGAAGAUCGUGUCCCUCACCGAGCGGGAGCUGACCGAGCUCUGCGCCCGCCUGGAGGCCCCACGCUUGCAACCAGAGGAGAUGGCCUUCUUGAAAGAGUACGUGACCGUGUUCCACCCGCUUGCGUUUGCACUCGAACUUUUCCAGGCAGAGCAGAAGUGUUACCUGGGCCUGGUCAUCCCGACCGUACUCAGCCUGAAGAACAAGCUGAACGAGCAGAAAGACGCCGCGAACUACUUCGGCUACGUCAUCAACGCCAUCGCGGUGGCCAUCGACGUGCGGUUCCAGGAGCUGUUUGCCAGCACGGAAGCCAAGAUCGCGACAGCAACGACGCCUCAGUUCCGGCUGUGGUGGAUGGCGGCCUCCGAGAGGGAGGAAAUGUGCUCUGUGCUGGCCACGGAGGCGUCCCAGGUGGACCCCUGUGUCGAGACGCAGGCGAACACCAGCCGCAACCUGUCCACCAUUGAAUCUGAGGACGACUUCUUCAGCUACGGGUCUGCGAAGCCGGCCGCAGAGAACCAGCAGCGGGGGGUGAUGGAUGAGAUCCGAAAGUACGUUGAGGGCACGGGGAAGAGUCUUGAGUGCCUGCAGGAUUUCCCCAGAGUGAAGCAGCUCUUCCUGAAGUACAACACCACCCUGCCUUCCACGGCCCCCGUCCAGCGCCUCUUCAGUCAGAAAGGCAACCUGGUCACCUCACAGAGAAACUUUCUGACCGAUGACUACUUUGAACGCGUUCAGCUUUUGCGAUACAACAGCAACUUGUGCUCUUUGCUCACGGACUAAAGGAAUUGCUGGUGACUCUCUUUCUUUUUGCCUACUAAUUGAUGCAGUGUCAAAUCUUGUUGUGCUAAACAAAAAGAAAAUCCUCACAGAGAAACCCUGAGCGACAUCCAAGCUCAGGCACUUUAGCCCAGCUGUGUCUUUGAUAUUCCACCCCUAACUGUUUAGGUCCACACGCCAGAAGGACCUAAAAUAUCAAAUUGACAAUCAGAGGCGAUGGCGUUCAGUCCGGUAAAGCAUCAAUUUCAAUCUGUGCCGUUGUUGUGAUUUUAACUAGCCACAGGGUGAGACUGAAGUGGUUUUGUCUUUCAUUUAUGCUAGUUUUUCUUUUCUACAGCUGUUUGGAGAGAAUGCUUCUCCUGUCUGUAUAUUUUAUAUCAUAUAUAAAAAGACAAGGAAAGAACCGUUAA